AUGCCUUACGUUCCAACCGCGUCGUCUGCCAGUAAGCUUAAUCAAGGCAAAUCUCCAGCCAAUAACCAAAGUUAUCAUGGGUGGCCCUUAGCAAAGGAUGAUUUUAAUGCAAAUGUCAUUAGUCAUUCAUUCGCGAAUUUAUCUAUCUCCGUAUUUUCAACAAAUACAUCAACAAAUACCUCAAAAAAUAAUUCAUCAUCAAACACCUUAACGAGUACCUCAACGAAAUCUAGUUCACAAGUUAUUUCCAUAAAAAAAGAUUCAAAUAAUGAAUUAGAUCGUGACUCUGCUAUUAAACAAGUUAAAGAUAUUUUAUCUACUUCUCCUCAAUUAUCAACAUCUCCAAACAGAAGAAGGUCUGCUCCUGAAUCAUUUACAAGAAAACCUUCAUUAAAAGUUGAUUUACCCCCUCAACUUUCUACCGAAAUUAUUUCUCCUUGUUUACUAAGAAAAAAAAGUGGUGAAAUAGUAAAAUCAUCUCUAAAAAAGGUUAAAUCUGAACCUCCUACUCCUACUUUCCCAAAGUAUGUUCACUUUAAUACCGAUCUUGAACAAAUUAGAUUAUUUAAGGAAGCUCAAAAACCACAAGCUGUUAGUGCAGAAGUUUCUUCAGAUGAGGAUUCUGAUGAUGAAGAUUUUGAAUUUUCAAUAUCUGAUUUGGAUAGUGAUAAUGAAAAUGAUGAUGAUGAACUUGAUUUAUCUAUAACUCUUCCAAAUAUGCCUUUAAUAACUACAAUGCAUAAAUCAAAACCUGUAUUUGUUGAAUCAAUUUUUCUUUCUUCCGAUAAACGAAAACUUUCCGGUCGCAUUCAAGUUCAAAAUUUAGCUUUUCAAAAAAAUGUUGAAGUUAGAUAUACAUUUGAUUUUUGGCAAUCAGUAUCGGAAGUACCGGCCACUUACGCUGAAGGAGUCCAGGAUAAAGAUAAUAAGAAUAGUACCGAUUUAUUCAACUUUUCCAUAGAAUUAAUAGAUAAUUCAAGGAAUCAAAUCGAUGGAAAAACAAUGUAUUUUGCUGUUCAUUACAAAGUUAAUGAUCGUGAUUUCUGGGAUAAUAAUAAUGGUUCAAAUUAUCAAGUUAAUUUUAAGAGAUUAUCCUCCUCUUCAACAAAAUUAUCUACAUCAUCAAAAAAUUAUAAUAAUUCGAAAUCUUCAUCUAUUACUACUACUAAGACUACUUCCAAAUGGUCAACUCCUAUAAAUAAUCGUUCAAGAAAUUUUGACGCUGAUUCUCCUGUUCGUUCUCCACCUAUUAUAAAUUCUUCUUCAAUUUCUAUGACAACUAUAAAGAAAUCAAUUGGUGGUCCCCGUUAUGAUAUUGGUCUUUCAUUGAUAGCAGCUCAAAAUGUUAAUUCUGUCAUCACAUCUACACCUAUCAAUCGUACUUAUCAACCAUCAUAUUUAAGUAAUGAAAGCUUUUCUUCAUUCUUCCCUGGUAAUUGUAUUGAUGGUAUGCCCGUAACAAAAGAACCAUCAGUAUGGGAAAACUCACCAAAAGGGGUUGGAAUUUUCGAUUCAAUGAAUAAAUCUUCAACACCAAUCGCUAUACCUUCAGCGAGACCUGCGAUCGGAUCAAGUUCAUAUUGUGAACUUGUAAAACAAUAUUGUUUCUAUAGUGGUUCACCACCAGUGAUGACGUAA